CAGUUCUGACUUCUGCUCUACUAUAUUUACGAUGUGAUCACUGAGCAUGUUUAAAAUAUUUUAUUUCAGAUUGAAAGCUGUGGCAGAGACAACAAAGUUUUUCCGGUUUGAUGAUGUCUGGGUAACAGGGUACUUAGCGAAAGAGUUAAAAAUCAAGCAUUUGGAUAUGACACAAUUUUUAACUAUAAAAAAGAAAACUGGACUAUUGUUUAAAUCUGUUCAAAAUCCAGAAAUCUAUCACAAGGAUUUCUUGGCCAUAUUAACAGGAAGAAAUUUUGAGAUGUUUUACACCCUACAUCAGCAUUCUCGUUGGUGUUAUUUCAACAAGUGCUUCAGCAACAUCUACCAUCCACAAGUCAACUUAUCAACUAUAGAUGUUAUUCCUGAGAGGGUUAUGCUGAAAGAGCUGAGCUGAAUUGAAUAUCUUCAAAAUUUCCAUAACUCUGAUGAUAACUUUGAGAAAAGUGUAUUUUGAAACAAUUUAACCUAGUAGAAAACUGUAAAUGCAUGUAUUGCUUUAUGUAAACAUAAAACUAAAAAACUUU